UGGACCAACGUUAAUAAUAAAAAUAAAUUAGAAAAUGCUGCCGACGUGGAUAAAAUUAAGUACCUUCUUGAUAGGUGUAAGUUAUGCAACGGCCACCAGUUGCCAUCAGAUGCAGCAAUCGCAGAUGGCAUCUCUACAUGAGCGUAUGAACCAGAUGAUCAGUGCUCUGUAUACAUCACCUUUCCUGACUAAGACUUCGUCGCAAAGCACCAACACGACGCCUCCAUCGUACGCAAGUGCCGCCUCCACUCCGGACUACACUUCUAACACUGCCACCUCCUUCGAGAGCGCGUACAGCUACCCUGUGACGUACCCUCCAGCCCCAUACCCGCCAACCUCGCCCCAAGUCAUAUACGUCUCACCACCAUACGCCCAGAACCCCACAACCGUCGCCAUAUCCCCACCAUCCCCAGGAAACCCCUCUGUGACAAUAUCUUCCACCACAGUCCAAAAUCCACCGUACUACUCUUCAGAUCCUAACGAUUACGCGUACGGAGUCUCAAAUCCGGUUCCAAGGUCUGCUUACCCAUACUACGAGUAUGCAUACCCACCACCUCCUUAUAGUGCUACUCCUGCUGCAUAUCCACCGAGCUCAUACAGCCCUGGUGCUCCCAGCUCGCCGCCACCGCAAUAUUCCUCCAGCUCGUCCAGUCCAAGCCCUUCACCCCAGCCUUAUCCCCCUAGCUCCUACAACCCUAGUACUCCGCCUCAACCAUACCCCCCUAGUUCUUACAAUUCCAACGCCCCACCCCCACCUCAGUCAUACCCACCAAGUUCUUACAGUUCAAACACCCCACCCCAGCCUUACUCCCCGAGCUCUUGCAGCUCUACUCCUCCACCCCAGCCAUGCCCCAGCUCUUACAAUCCAAAUCCCCAUCCCUCAUACGACUCGUACCCUCCACCGCCUUACCCUGGCAAUUCCUACAGUCCCAGUAGCCCUCCGCCACCGUACACCCCUAGCCCGUACCCUCAAAACCCCCCGCCUUAUCCACCACCUCCUUACAACCCUAACAAUCAGGAGUCUUGCUCCUGCAGUCACUCUGAGUAUCCACCGCCUCCCUGCCCCCAUAGGCCUCCAUACUCACCACCUCCCGCCCCUGUCUGCCCCACCUCUCCCGUCCCGUACAACCCUCCCCCAUAUCAGCCGAACCCUAACUCUCCCUAUCCCAUACCUAAUGCCAUGAUACCUUCCUACCCCCUGCCGUAUGAAUCAUCAUCUUAUUAUUCUCAGUAAAAUACGAAGAACUGUCUCGUAAUCUCUUUGAGUAAGAGAAUCUCUGAUGAGCAUCUGAAAUAGGCCAUUAUUUAAACUGUCUACAAAAAAUAUUGUGUAUUUUUGUUAGAUCAGUUUUUAUUUUAUUUAUUUGUAAAUU